AAUGAAAUCGAUGACGUCAGAUAUUAUCCCAUUUAUCCGUGUUAUUUAUCGUAAUUGAUGGAAUAACCGCUUCGAGUGGUACGUGUAAAAAUCCUUUUAAAAAAAUGUUUAUAAGAACUUGUGACGUCAACGGAGUGUCACCAACUCAUCGCGGCCAAAGGCGGUUCAUUAAGUUUUGGAAGACCCAAUGUGGUUCCUGCCAAUGCGCAUGUCGCGUUCUAAAUUUAUCGUCUUAUGUCUCGUGGUAGGUGUCCGUUUGUCGUCUUAUGUGUCAAAGGGUUACUAAUGUCUUCCAUUUUACUACAUUUCGAGAUUUUUUGAAUUGUCUUCUCAACCUCUGGUUCCUAUCCCAACGCGUCGAUGCUGCUAUCGGAAGAAUGGACGCUUUAUCAUCCACGAAAAGCGAGAAUGUUCAUCUGGUGUCGUUCUCGACCAACUGUGAUCAAACAUCUUCCAAAAAAACACUCGUACCUCUAACGAUAACUGUCAAUGGUAGGAUAUCUCCGUGGCUACCCGAAAUUCCUCCUAACAACGAGAAAAAUGUCAAAUUGGUCGGCUUCUCACUCAAUAAUAGUUUGAAGAGAGAUGCUAGAAGUAUGGAUGAUAAAAAAGCCAAAUUAGAAGAAGAAAGGCGUGAAAGAAUCGCCAAGUUAAUGCAAGAGACUCAAGAAUGGUUCUCUCAAAUGCGUCAAGAGAAUCAGAAGUGGAGGAGGGGAGUCAGCGAUUCCAGUCCCAUAGAUGCUACUAGACUACUGAAAGAAGCUCAAGAUAGAUUUUCGGCCGGAGACGACGAUUUAUUUACCAAAUUCGUUCGCGAAAACCAGGAGAGAUUCGCCGAAUUAUUGGAAGAAAAUGGUCACAUUUUUACAAAUUUUCCUCGACCCUCCAGCAUGUACUUUUAUCCGGGAAAGAGUGGCAGGGAUUCAGGUAAUAGUUUCGACACGUCGGAACUAACCCAGAACGAAGUACGAACUCUGAACUGUACCCAAAGUUUCAGCACGCGCCAAUCUUCGUAUAGUCAUAACGUGCAAAAUAUUUUUAACCACGGAAUGCCGACAGUCAAAGGCUGCAAAACUAACACCUUCGAUGACAGUUGUGCCAAAAUGGAUCACAACGAUUCUCCCGAUAUUAAUUUAUCGUCACCUACCAAGGUACAAUUUAGGAGUAAUAAAUCGCAAGGUGCUUAUCACAUGACUUCCUCUAGAAGUGUGUUUGAAUAUUGUGGAAGGACUAACACAUACAGGUAA